GAGCACAACAAAGGAUGAGCUUCUUCUCUCCGUAAACUAAAGUCAGAGAAAAGUCAGAGAAAAGAAGAAAGAAGAAGAGAAGUCAUCAGAGACGACGGACGAAACGACGCAAUUCUCUCUUUUUAAGGGUUUCUUCUUCGAUCGUCGAUUCUUCUUUUUAAUUUCUUCUUAUUUUCUCUCUCGGUUGAAGAAGAAGAAGAAGAUAAAAGCAUAAGAUCAACCAUGGCUGAAUGAUUAGAGUUUUCUCCGGGGGUUCGGAGUUUUUUUUAAAGGAAUAAGAUGGCAGUCUCGUUUCCUCGUCUUCCGAGGUGGUUGUGUGGUGGUAACAACACUAAAGAUAGAGAGAAGAAAGAUUCCAUCACUAAAGGAUCUUCUUCUUCUUCUUCUUCUUCACUGAGUCCUUCACUCAAGAAGACUAUUAAUAAGUCUGGUUCUUCUUCUUCGUCGGUGAAGAAGACUAAGAGAGGAGGAUGGAUUGGAAGAGGUGGGUUAGGAUCAGGGUCUGGAGGAGAAGAGGAUAAGAUGGGGAAUGUUGUGUUUCCUGAGCCUGAUGAUCCUGAGUGGUCUAUUGGUUGGGUUGAGCCACAUGGACCAGGUUUUAAAACUGAAGAUGAUGAUUGUGGUGGCUUUGUUGUUUUGGUUCCUCUUUACAAGAAAGUUAUCGAUGGUUCAGGGAAUCACAUCUCUAAUGGGUUCUUCUCUCCUACUACUCCUGAUGGGAAGAACAUGGAACAGUGGCUGUCGUCUAUGGGGAAGCUAUAAACUGGAAGUUUGAGAAGAAUAAUAAGACUAUUAUUUCUCUGUUGUUUCAGUAUCAAAAAAUCGAAUAAUCUAGAAAAAAGAAAAAGGAAAAAGGAAAGAAAAAAAAAAGAAGAAGCAAGAUUCGUGGAUAGCUUCUGGAGACUUCUUUUGUUUCUCUGUUUGAAGCGAGUGACAACAAAAACACCAAGUCAUCUCUCAAGAAUCUACUAAUGGACAAAAGAUGAUGGUGAUGGAGACCUUAGCAACAUGAAGCUUAAUUGAUUAUGAAUAUGAUUUGAGAGUAUUGGAUAUUUUUCAUGUGGGUGUUUUUUAUCUUUUUCUCGUGAAAGCGUUUCUGCUUCUCUUCUGUGGUCGAGAAAAAAAAUUGGGAUUGGAAAAAAGAAAAAAAAAAAAUCUUUUUCUUUUGUUCUUUUGUGGUUCGAUGAUGUGUAAUACAAGUAGUGUACAUAAGUUUGUUUUUCUUGAA